AGGGGUAUGCAUGAUCAGAUGAAACUACAGAUGUUUACGUACAACAAACAUUUUCAAGAAUAUCAGAAAAAUGAAUUCGUUAUGGUAAGUUCCAAUAAUGCAGUGCGCAAUGUCAGCAUAAUCUUGAAACAGCAACGCUCAUGACACUCCCCAAGGUUUAUUCACUGAAGUACUGAAGUGAUAAACUCGCACGAUAAACCGAGAUCCUUCGCGUUGAAACAUCGGGAGGGUAAACUGCAGAGUAGUGCUAGCAACACGCGUACUUUGUAAUUUGUGGCUUUAAAAUCUUCCACCAGUGAUGUAAUUUGAAACCUUAUUAAUAUUCAAUUCAAUUAAUGUAACAAAUUAUAAAUUCGGCAGAGUGGGUUUUGUCACUAUACUUGUAGAUAUUUAAUAAUUUUCAAAUAUUUAAACUAACGUAUAAAGUAGGUAUAAAUUAACAUUGGCGGUCUACAGUAUAUAUUGUCAUUUUGGUACAGAUAAGAUGUUGUAAAAAAUAAAGAGGAAGAAUUAAGACUUAUGCAGUGAACAUAUUUUGCUCAGCUUAAUGACGAUGGGCCCGCCCUCUAAACGUCGAAGUGUUUUCAAAUCAUUUCGAAAUUAGUUCAGAAGCCAACCAUGUUAAAUUGGUAUUAUUAUAUAAUCUAACUCGGGAUAUUGUACUUAAGACGAUGUCUUUUCCCUCCAAGUAUUAAAUUAUGUAUUUGUUAUUCUGUAGGAUUUUAUAACAGAUCCCUGUGUUCAGUCCAUUCUUCAGGUAAAAGGCAUAUCUUGGCAUAUCUUGGCUUAACGAUCACAUGUUUUCAUUAAUCAGAAUAUUUUAUCUAAAGCAAUCUCCCAAUGUUUGCAGAUAUUAUCCUCUAGUGGCUCUUGGACACCGUUAAGUACGACAUAUUUUAAAAUUACUAAUUCAUCUACUGGGUCCCCCCUCCCUCCCGCCGAAGAAAAUGCUCAAUUAUAUUUUGAGGUAUUGCGGUGAUACGUUCAUAAACACGAUAUAAGUUUUAUAUCAGCAAUUUGCUGGAUAUCUAACAGAUAACAUUAGUAUCAUUUUGCUUUUGACACCGAUAUUCGAAUUUCUCCAAAUGAAUUACAGUCGAUUUCAACUUACUGAAAUGAAUGAAUAACAAUAUUUAUUGAGGGUGAACACAGUGGCGUAGCCAGAACGAUAAUUGGGGGGGGGGGGCAUAUUCAUAUAUUCGUGUUCACAUACCAUAAGAACAAUUGAUUUCAAAAGAAAUUAAUAAAGUAGAACACGAAUAUAUGAAUAUCCCCCCCCCCCAAUUAUCGUUCUGGCUACGCCACUGGGUGAACACCAAUCUAACACUAAAGGUUAACGAGGGUGGCCCUGCAUGAUGUCUGCCUAAAAUACAACGAACUUUGCCAAUUCGUUGCGAAUGUUUUGUAAACAUGCAAAGCCUCUGAUUCAGAUUGGCCCCUGGCCUGGCACUCUUGUAGGAAAUUGGAUAUCAGAUAAGGAGGAGACCUUAUGUGGAGAACCCCAGGGUUCUGUACUUGGACCUCUUCUUUUUCUGAUUUACAUAAAUGAUAUUUGUGAAUCAUCUAAGGUAUUUCAUUUCUUUCUCUUUGCGGAUAACACCAACCUAUUAUAUGCUAACAAAAAUUUAAAAACUUUAGAAUCAUGCAGUUAUAAAUUUCGAGUUGAGGGAAGUUUGUAAAUGGCUAAACGCCAACAAACUGACAUUAAAUAUUAAAAAAUCAAAUUUUGUAAUCUUUCGACCAUCGCAAAAAUUAAUGACCUAUCAACCUACUAUUAAACGUUUUGACAAUAAUUCGGAAAAAAUACAUACCUCUCGAAAGUAAGGAUUAUAUAACAUAUCUUGGCAUUCUCAUUGAUUGUAAUUUGUCUUGGAAACAACACAUUAAUUAUAUAGCAUUAAAGAUUAGCAAAACUGUUGGAAUCAUUGCAAAACUCCGACAUUACGUUCACCAAAUUUUGGUUAGGCAAAAAUAAGUUUAUAUCGACCGUAAUAUACAAGGCUGUACGUAAAAAUGGGAAAAUGGUGAAAGAAUUCAAUGGGUUAAAAUUGAUUAGUUGUAGCAAUAUUUGGCAAAUUAUAUACACAGAAAUUCAUAAGUGUCCCACAAUAAAAUUGUCUGAUGCAUGAUUGAAAAAUGACUCAAAUAUAAUAAACCGAUUUAAAUAUGUUUAAAGAAUGAUGUUGCGUUUAAUACUGUUGAGUGCGUGCGAUUUGAAUUAAGUGUUACGUAAUCUCUAUGAAAAUACAAACAAUUGCCAAUUUUUGACAUUGGUAUACAUAUUUGUAGAGACUGGAAACUGCAUGUGGCCGAUUAUGGUACAUUAGUUAAGUAUUCUUAACUAUAAUGUGUAAAUUUCUAACGUCAUGAUCAUGUAUCGUAAUAAAGUAGCAUAUAGAAGACCCAUAUGCUAUGUAUCUAUAUUUACUGAUUUUAAAUUGAAUGGAAUCUUGAGGUCAAAUCUUGUUUUUUUAAUUGAGCGGAAUCAUGAUUUCAUAAUGACUUUCCCCAUAUGAUUCAGUUUAUAGUUUCACAUGUGAAAAAUAUGAAACUCAAAUUUCUCACGUGUGAAAUGGCAUGUGAAUUUUCCGUAAGGGAAUUAGGACAAGAAUUUAUUAUAGCACAAGUAGGCUUGGCAUCCCUGUAACAUUUCCAUGAAGAAGUUUAACCAUUAGGUUUAACCAUAUUUCUGUUUGGAUAAUGGUGUCGCCACUUUGAGUUACUGUACACAGCAAAAUAUUGGGUAGCUACUUUAUACUGGUAUGUGUAAGGCGCAUUUGAAAACUCAAGUUGAGUUUUCGUUCUUUAUAACAAGUUUAACAACUGAACUUGAAUUUUAGAUGUACAGUACAUUCGCGUUUUUCCAGACCCGAUAAUUCGAUAUGUACAGUAUGUUACUUGAAUUCAUUUUCUGGCUGUGGUCUAAACUCUUUAUAUUUGUAUAAUAUAGUAUCGCUUUUCCGUUGCUUUCAAUAAAUAUUAAUAUUAAUUAUAUAUUUUCUCUACUAGGAGUUUCCAAAGUGGCUAAAGUCGAGGUAGACUCAGUACCUUGUACGAUAGUCAACAUGGAUUUGUUUAAUAAAUUGUUCAGACAAGGUGAACUAUUAGUAAUUUUACCAAAUGGAGACCAGCAUGCAUGACUACAACUUUAAAAUUAAUAUAUAUUUGAAGUACCAUACUUACUGGCACCACGCAUGCAUAAACGCGUCAGCAUUUGAGUCUUAAUUUUACAAAGCUACACAAAUUUAUUAGUUUGCACCUGUACCCGUUCGUAAACUGUAUUCCAAGGAUACUGAGAAUAUGUUCAUUGCUGCAGGGCUAGUCCGUGAAUCCGGGAUGAUUUUUAAAUGCUUUGAUGAAUACGUAGAAGGAUUUACAAUAUCUGAUGAACUACGAAAGGUAUCUUGUAAAAAAGUGCUUUUUCUUCUAAAGAAUUAUAUUAUUUCAGAUUCUAUUCUAUUCAUUUUGAAAUCAAUGGUAUUUCUAUAGACCCAUUGCACAUGACGCCACAGCGCCGGUGAUGAUGCAUCUGGAGGAAAAUUAGCAAUCUAUGCACAAUAUAACUUUUGUAAACAAAGCAAACUUUGUAAAACUUUAUAAUAAUUCUGUAUCAAAAUGGUUAGUUUUUGCGCUGUAUGUGGUUGUUGUACCCGAACAGAUAUUGUUAGGGAGCAUCUGGAGGACACUCUAAGGAUUUGUGACGUCAGUGCAAAGGGUCUAUAGCAAUCCGAUUGGUAAUAUUGAAUGCGAAUAUUUUCCAAAUCGCACAUUUUUUUGGGGGGGGGGGGUAGGGUUGGCUCGGGAGAGCCCAGCCUUUUGUAAAAAAAUGAUGUUUCCGAAAAUUAUGUCAUGUUUCAAAAUGAAUAUAAUAGAAUGGAAAAUGAAUUUCGUGUCGUGCAAUUUUAGUCUGAAAUCAAACUUGUGGUAAACAAUUGCACUCCCGCUUCGUGAUUGUGCAAUUUUGUAAUUAGACCAAAAUGCACUCCACUCAGUUAUUUGCCAUUACUAAUUUUCUACACUUGGGUGAGAAUUUAUUUUCUAACAGUGCAUUUUAUCAGCUAGACUAGCUAAUGGGCAAUCUAUCGCCUUGGUAAGAGCUUUGCACAUAAUAGUGCGUGAGCGCCACCUGAAGUAAUUUAUAGUCUUUCGAUUUAGAUGCAUUUAAUGGAGGAAUCUGAUCACUACGACCUCUUUUCAGAAAAUGAAAAGAAAGAGUUUAUUUUUCAGAUCUUCAAACAUAUCUGUUUAGGUGGAGAUAUUUGUCAGGUAAAACUAAUUACAGCAACAUUUUCUUGGGUUUGUUGAAAUAUUCCAAGCAAAUUUAUAUGCAUGUAUCAGUUCAAGUUGGGAGUCAUGUUAGUCGGCUUUAAACUCAGUUUUUGAUCAUAUAAAAAUAGGACAGUGGGACAGACACCAAAAUAAGAGGACAUUUUAUCGAUGAAAUUCUUUAUUCUGGGCACGUGCAAUGUGAAUGUAACUCGCUCAACCAAUGAAAUGAAAUGAUUCUCUCGACACUUGAUUUUUUAAUGUAUAUAAUGAUUAUUUAAAGAAUGUCAUGGUUGCCCAUGCGUCCGAGCCAGAGGCCCAUGACAAAGAAGAAUAGCAAAUUGACAUGCAUGUCAAAGAUGAAUAUGCAAGGCAAAGCACAAUGCGAAGCUUUUUCGCAUAUAUAAAGGUUUCAACCGAAUAAGUUAUCACAAGAUAGGAAAUUUACCCGCAUCCACCCAGUAAUGUCACGCGUUCCGAGUGAUUGAUCUGAUGGAUACGUAUAUUUAAUAUAAGUCGAAAAGUUUUAAACUUAUUUUCGGGGGCGCCGAAAAGUGAAUCUUUUUUCGGCACGUUCAAACUUGUGCAAUAUUCAAGCCUUGAUGAGAGUUGCAACACCCGCUUGCGUUUGACCGCCAACUCCAUGCAUCAACUCUCAAGCACUCUCAUCAACUUUGAGCAACUCUCGCUUCUCAACUCUCAUCCUCGUUUGACCAGGCGUUUAGAAUACUCUCCCACUCCUUUUUCGAAAGCCAGAGCUUAAUCAAAUACAUGGACAAUCGUAUAAUUGUUUCAAAUAGAGCGCCAAUUAAUUGGGCUCGAACCAAUCAUACGGCUUAAUGUUUUGAGUUACCGUAAUCCUGUUCCCAUCGCGAGUACAAUGUUCCAUUCCUGACAUUCGCCAUGUUUUUAAGAUCACUUAUAGAGGUGCACCCAUGAAACAUAGUAACGCGCCCGCGGUCAUAGAUGAACUAUUGAAUGGACUGUUCAAUCCGCUAGCUCUCGCCUUUUCGUGGGUGUAAAUAGCCGAGCGGAAUUAUUACCGUCGUUUACUCGCCGUUGGCUUUGGGGAAAAUUCUAAUGAAAAAAUAAAGAAUAUUUAAGAAAUAUCGUAUGGUUUUCAGCCUGAUUUGCAUCCUGAUUUUCGUCCUUGUUAUUAAGUGACGUAUUUGUAACACAAAAAAUCGCAAUAUUAUUUGGUCAAAACAACCGAAAAAUUGGUUAAAAUCAAAUUUUUAUUUGUUUUAACCAAUAAAAUAUUGAAAUGUUGGUCAAAUAAGUGCAUCUGAAACAACCAAUUCAAAUUGGUUGUUUUAACCAAGCUGCCAAAUUACAGUGUAUAACCUUUUAGAACUUUUCUUUUCUAGUUUGAAGAUAACGUUAAUCCUUAUUUAGAUACAAGUAAAUCACUAUACAAAGACUUAGUCAGGUUUGUCUUAUUGAUAUACUGUAUAUUUAGAUUAAUUACUAAAAUUGUUCUAUGGAUACUACUAUGGGGUAGUACAAUUCCAUGCCUAAUUUCUAAAUUUAAAAUAGCUUUUAAUAUUUUCAAUUUUUACUCGGAUUAUCGAUAUAACAAAUGGUAUAUAUGUUAUUGUGAACGACUAUACUGUAUACGUCUUGAAACUAUUGUUGAUGCUUAUCCAAAAAUUGUCGAUUAGGUUACAUCAGGUUUUUACUAUAAUUCGUGGCAGAUUUAUGGCUGCAGGCUAGCCAACUGGAACGUCUGCCAGGAAUUUUUAUAGGGUUCAAACUCGUCAGCUUGUACAAGCAAAACAAAUUUUAGAUUUAUUGUUUUAACAGCGUUUAUAAAGAUGCAAAUUCAAAGGAACUCAAAACAAGAUCGCACGUCUUCAAAAUAUCUGCAUUGGUAAGUACCAUCUCCCUACCCAUUGAAAAUUUUAUAAUUGUCAUUGAAAACAAUUUUCAAAAAUCAAGUACAUUACCUGGUUGUGUACUUCAAAAUUUAACCAAUAACGAUUAUUGUAUUCACCUUCUGAAUGUUGAUUCCAUGCACAUAUUUGAUUGA